AUGGAUAUAGGUGUGGAUUAAAUUCGUAGAUUCCGCAUUAAUUGUCAGUUAGGAGUAAUAGCUGUUAAGAUUGGAUUUCAUGUCUUUAAUAACAUAUAACUAAAAAUGGAAAACCAUAACUAGUUAUUUCAUUACUCGGGGAAAAAAAUAACAAAAGUAUAUAUUAAGCAUGAAAUUAAUAUUUAAUUGCAAAAGUGGGAGUUUCUCAUUAAAAUAUCACUUUAAAAUUAAUUAAAAAAACCAAGUUUAUCAUUAUAAUUCCAAAAAUAAUACUAUAAAUACAUAGCAAAUUAAGGAAUUCAUCAUGGAUGA